UAAACGUAAGCUACACCGUAAGGUGGUUGUCUGUCAUCGUGUUCUCGCAGUUUUCACCUCAUUCUCUAGUCAGUAGUCUUCGAUGUGAACCACCGUGUUUAAGUUGUGAAAAAUUUGCCACAAGUAGUGAUUGUAAAAUAGUGAGGAGAAAGCCAAAAAACUAGUGUUGCAAAUUGCUGAAAAUUGCGACGCAAUUUACAUUCGUGAAAACCCGUUCACUUAUAUCAUUCUUUGUACUUUGUAUCAUGUUGCAAUUGAGUACGUUUUUCCUUGAAAGUUAGUGCUGAUCAGUGGACAUGUUUUGUACAGAAAAGUGUAGUUCAUUAGUGAUUGCAAAAGAAGAUUCAUAUAUAUACGUUUGUGUCUGAUUUGCUUGACUGAGCAAUGUUUCUUUACUAGCAUGACUCAUACGGAAAUCGAGCUUUUGUGCUGUCAAAAGACGAGCUGAUUUUGUUUGCAUACAAAGCGAGAUAGGUAUUUUUUACGGUAUUCUUCGCACUCAGAAGGGGGACAAUCGAGUGGAAUAAAGGAAGCUAAACCAAACGGAACCGGAAGAUCCUCCAUAUCCUGCCGUCAUCGGUCGUAAAUGGUCCACGUCAACCAAUGGCUGCUGCUAAGAAGAUGACGCCGGCCGUAUUUGCAGUAAGCACCGAGUCCUUCAGAGCGAAGUUGAAAAGCUUGUCCUCUUUGUACGAGGACAGCAAUGGCAACGGUACCAUCGAAGUGGAGGUCGGCAUGAUGCUGCAAAUCGUGGAGAACGUCUCGGCAAAAUAUGCCAUUGUUCGGAUUAAGGACUACUACAGUCCCGAAGACAAACGAUACGAAAAUGUGUGUUUUCAAUGUCCUGCGGCCAACUUUCAGAUCGUACCGGGAGAUGUCUGGCCGUUUGUCAUUGCCAUAAUGGAUCCACAGGAGAGGGCACAAUUCGUGAAGCAACCGAUGGCGUUGACUUGGGUCAAACGAUUGAUGCAACAAAAAAAUGAAAGUAUCCAAAGAGUGAAGGUGUCCGGAAGAGUAUUUUUGCGGCCAGCAGAUACGUACGAUUGUAUUGUCCGGUAUACGGGGCCAGUAGAAGAAAUCGGACCAGGGUACUACCUUGGAUUGGAGUUACUGAAUGGAGAUUCCCCUCAACAAGAAGAUAUUCCCUAUGUGUACACAUACACGAAAACGGAGCCUAAGUCUACCCUGAUACUAGCAGCAAAUUGGAUCGAAUUUGAAGACACUAAACAUUCUAGGAAAACCCUUUUUGACGGAUUCAUUUGCGGUGCAAAGAACUUCAAUACGCAAAUUAGAAAGAACGCCAAGCGUUUGACCGAAUCGAAAGCAAAUAGCGACUCACGGGACGAUAGGUACACACGAUCGUUCACACCUGAUCCCGUGGGUAAUAAUCGGAACUCAACCGAUCUUUCCUCAAUUGCUGAUCGGGAUUCGAUGGAAAGCUCGUUGCAGCAGAAGAGAAUGGCCGCGUCCGUAUCUAGUCCAAAUCUGUCGAAGCAGGACAGCAGCAGCAGUACCGGAAGCUCCAGUCGCAUUAUCAACCAUCAUCCACACGAUGGUAUGUCGGAAGACAGUUAUCGUUCUGGUAGAAGCUCGCAGAACAGUUCCAACAGCAGUACACUGAAACAUUCCAAGGCUCGCAAAAAACCUUCCAACAAGGCGGGCACCAUCCUGAACUACGGUGACCGUGACAUUAUAGUGAUCGACAAAGCCGAUAUCAACGAAGCUACGAGCGACGCGGGCAAUGUGAUAAUUGUGGAUCCGCCGGCGACUCUAGCCGAGGCAGAAUCCAACGAGGUAGAUCUUAAGGAACUUUUGGGACCCAACUGGCCAUCGGCUGCCGGUGAAACGGCAUCCCUGUUGAAUAAUACCGAUAAGAAAACGCAAACUCCUUCGGGCUACGGCAGAAAUGGCUUGACCGCAAGUGGUGGCGGGUAUAGCAGUAGUAGCAGCAACAGCACCAGCAGUAACCAUUUGAUGACGACGCGAUAUGAGCGGAACAAGUCGCCCAAUCCGAUCAGCCAUUUAACGAGUUCUAAAUCGAGCGAUGGUAGUAGCCGCAAACGGGAACCGAAGUACAUGGUGGACGUCGCAACAAUGGCAAAACCGAACGAUGCAUCAUUGCCGCCAGCCUACGACAAUAGUAACAACGUACCUCACACGAUCACUUCGUCCCCAUCGGAGGGAUCGACGACGGCGGAGAUUGUGAUUCAACCGUCGCCGUUGAGGGAACUUCCGGACAAUCCGCUGCUCGAAGUCGGCUCCAUGGUGGAGGUCGAUGUGGAAAAGGCUGAGCUGUACGGGGUGAUCCGUUGGAUCGGCCCAUUGCACAGCUUCGGGACGGACAGCAGCAAUACACGGGUUAUGGUUGGCAUAGAACUGGAGGAUGAACCAAUCGAACCGAGCAUCCAUGGUACGGACGGAACGUACAACGGAGUCAAACUCUUCAAAUGUCCCGCAAAUCGGGCCAUUUUCGUCUAUCCCGCACAAUGCAAUCAGGAUCGUCGUUUCCAGGACGUAGUCGCUACAUCUCCAUCCGCGCCCAGGAUUGUAGCGUCGACGUCCAAGUCGUCGGAUGCUAACAACAUGUUCGGCAAGGUUGACUGCCCUAUCGUGGAGGGUGCCGUUGCACCGUUGAAAAUUUUACAACAGAAGGAAUUGGAAUCGAUCUGUGGCCAGUUCAGAGGAAUCCAGGGCCACCAUAACUCGUGUUAUUUGGAUGCUACUUUGUUUUCAAUGUUCACUUUUACGAGCGUGUUUGACUCGCUACUAUUCCGGCCCAGGGAACCCGAGGAUAACCCACAAUACGAAGAAGUUCAAAGGGUAUUACGUGAGGAGAUAGUCAAUCCACUGCGUAAGAACCAUUUUGUCCGAGCCGAUAGGGUGAUGAAGUUGCGUCAUUUGCUGGACCGACUUAGCUCGGUCACUGGACUCACCAGCGAAGAGAAGGAUCCGGAGGAGUUCCUCAACAGUCUGCUGGCUCAGAUUUUACGAGCGGACCCUUUCCUGAAGUUAAGUUCCGGACUGGACACGUUUUACUAUCAGUUGUUCGUUGAGAAAGACGAUCAGCUAAAGUUACCAUCCGUGCAGCAGCUAUUCGAGCAGAGUUUCCUGACAUCCAACAUUAAGCUGAAGGAAGUGCCAUCGUGUCUCAUAAUACAGAUGCCACGUUUCGGCAAGAAUUUCAAAAUGUAUCCUCGAAUAUUACCAUCGCAGGUAUUGGACGUGACGGAUAUCAUUGAAGAUUCUCCACGACAAUGUACCGUGUGCGGUAAACUGGCGGAACACGAGUGCCGGGAGUGUCUCGGAGGAAUAACGCUGGUGGGAGUGAGCUUGGAAAGUACGGCUUUCUGUAAGGCAUGUUUCGAUACGGCACAUUCCCAUGUAAAACGCCAGAACCAUACCCCAAGCCCGCUGACUGUGCCGAAAGAUUUCAAAAUGAUGGCGGAACACUGUGCGGUGCCUCGGUUGUUCAUGGAGCUGUUUGCCGUGGUUUGUAUCGAAACGUCGCACUAUGUGGCGUUUGUGAAGGCCGGUGCCGGACAGGAUGCGCCGUGGGUGUUUUUCGAUUCGAUGGCGGACCGGCGCGGUGAGCAAAAUGGCUACAACAUUCCGGAGAUGAUCCCGGUACCCGAUCUGCCGCAGUGGCUCUCGGACGAAGGCGCCCGGCAGCUGAACGAGAAGGCCAUCAACGACAAGAUGUUACCUGAACAUGCCAAGCGACUACUCUGUGAUGCCUACAUGUGCAUGUACCAAAGCACAGACGUCAUGAUGUAUAGAUAAGCAGUUGAUUCCCCUGAAACUCUCAUCGCGUUCACUUUGUUGAAAUCACAUCUUGCAAUAUUUACCUCUUACGAAAAGCAACUCCUACUUACCUGUUUAAACAAAAACCUAUUAUAUAUCAUUGAUGAGGCAAUCGCGUACAAGACGUGCUUUUUGCAUACAAGCAUCAGUUCAAUAUUUUUGUGGAACAAACAUCGACCGUAACCAGUUGUUCGUGUUACUUUCUAAAUAGUUAUAAUGCUGAAUGGUAUAAAUAAUGCCAAUGUCUAAAUUGAAAUCGAGAUUUUCAAAAAGAGCAGAUAUAUACAUAUAUUUACAUGAUAUUUUGGAAAUACAUCUAAUUCAACUUAGUCUUACUGUUGUAAACUUGAAAUACAUCAGCAAAUGCAUAGGAAAGCCAUAAAGUGGACGUAAAAACGUAAUCUUGUACAGAAACAAUGACCACGGGAGUUCAAAUUUAAACAAAAGUGAGCUUUUGAAGGUAAAAGCAAAUCUAAAUAAAGGCGCAUCUUAAUUGUUCUUAGUGGAAGACUUUCACAAUUGGCAAAUGUGAGUUUAGUAAGGCUAAAUAGUUUGAAUGUAGCAAAACUAAGACGACAAAUGUGGAUGCUUUAUCUGUUAAUCAAAGAUUACUGCAAGCGAUUAGAAAGCGUUAUUUCUUACAUUGAAUAAAAUAUUAACAAAACACAAAAAAAAACAGAUGAUCGAGUCCAGGUGACUCGCUUAGGAUCUCAGAGGCUCCGAGGGUUUCGAGUGCGGUGGAUUAGUUGUUCAGUUCUGUACUAUUGAUGUGCGAUGACCUUUGCUCAUCUCGAACGUGAGUGAACUGUGGCUUGCAUAGUAAUAAGAAUAAUACCACUUUAGUGCAAUUUCCAAGACUAGACAACUGAAGCAUUACGUAGCUAAGCAGGAAAGGAGUCAUCCAUAAAUCAUGUGGUCCCGUUGUGAUUUUCUGUCCAUUCAAAAUUUUACUAAUCCAAGAGAAUCGUUGAUCCUUGCCCAGACACACCUUUCUUCCUAAAAAGACGAUGAGAUUUAUGGACGACUCCAAAAGAUUCUUUCGCUAGUCACGGGACAGGGCACGACUUAGACAUUCUUUAGUGCAAGUAUAACUUGAUGCUGAGUUAUUGGAGAAUCGCAACACAUCAGAGUGUCAAGUGUAUGGAAAACUGGAAUCAAUGCAAUACUAACUUACUAUAUUGUGUAGCAAUGAGCAACCGUCAACUGCGGGCUAUUACUGUCAUGCUUAUUUAGGGAUAUUAGCUCCUAUUAUACAAACAUAUCUAAAUUUUUGAUACCGCGGUUUGUGCGCGUUAGAUUGUUGGAACUGGUUUACCGCUAUCACAUUAUAGCCCGACGCGGACGAUGAAUAAGUACACCAAAUUUGUUUGAAAAUGAGGCAUUACAAAAAUCUGUACCUAGUUGAAAAUAAACGAGAAAUCGACUGACAGUG